AUGAUAAAAAUACAAGUACUUUUUUUAUUGAUAAUUUUAUCAAUUGAAAUUUGUUAUUCAUUAAUCCCAAUUGAACGUAAUGCACAAAGCUCGGUUCUUGUAGAUAAAAAAUUAUUUUUUUUGGGAGGAACAUCAUCUAAACCAGCAGCAUUCCCAUUAGAUCAAAUAUUAUAUCUCGAUGUAUCAAAACCAUUUAAUACCGCAGUUCCGCCAUUUGAAGUCCUAAAUAUAUCAAUUCCAUUCAGAAGUACAUUUGCAACAGCAUUCCUUAGUCCUCAAAAAGAUGUAAUCUAUUUAUUUGGAGGAAGUAUGUGGGAUGUAAAUACCAAUGCAUAUAAUUAUAAUAAAUCAGUUUUAUAUUCAUUUAAUUUAGAAAAUAAUGAAUGGACUAUACCAACAACAAAUGGAAUUGCACCUGAACAUAGAAGAACGAUUAAUGGUGUUAUUAACAAUGAAAAUGGAAAAUUUUAUGUUUUUAGUGGACAUAUUGAUUAUUUUACUGGAGCUAAUAAUUCCAGAGCAUUAAAUGAUAUGAAUAUAUUUGAUACUAUUUCUUUAACCUGGUCAAAAGGUCCUAUAGAAAAUGCUCCACUUCCUCGUGUAGGCUAUACUGCUACUUUAUUAUCUAAUGGAAUUAUUGUUUACAUUGGUGGGAUAGAAUUUAAUAAAUCCCAAAGUUUUGACAUAAAUCAGCUUGCCCUUUAUGACACGAAAGUUGACCUAUGGUCAUCAAUGAAGGUACGAGGUGCUAUUUUGGAAAAUCGUUAUUAUCAUUCUGCAGUUCUAACAUCAGAUGAAAGAAUAGUUAUUUUUGGUGGAUGUAGAAAUGAUAGACCAGUUCUAAAUCAACUUGCUGUACUAAAUACAAAAGUAGUCCCAUAUGAAUGGUCAAUUCCAACAUCAGCUCCUCCUUUACCUUUAACAACCCAUUCACAUUCUGCUACAUUAGUUGGAAAUUAUAUGUUUAUAAAUUUUGGUGAAAUAUAUCCAAAAAAUGACUCUCUAAUACAGAAACCAUUUUUUUAUAUUCUUGAUGCAAGAAAUUUUGCAUGGGUAGAACAAUACGAACCUAGAUCAACUAAUUCACCUGAUAAUGCCAAAAAAAUUAAUAUCAUUCUUGGAAUUGUUGUUGGUUUUAGUGUUGUUUCUAUUGCUGCAUAUUUAGGUUAUAAAUAUUUUAAAAAACAAAAAGUGCACAGACAUGCUGAACAGGCAAAACAUUGUGUGUCAUACAAUUAAACAAUUGGACAUUGACUUUUAUUUAUUUCGUACUAUACUACUUAAAUAAAUCUGUUUUAUAUUGUUUACGAUGAUCAAAAGAACGAAAGUGA